AUGUUUUUGUCAAAUACGUACUUCUCACCUCAUGAUGACAUAUUCAGUUCCUGCUGUUACUUCCUUCUGUGAUAGUCUCCGGGCCAUCAAGCUCACCAGUCAAGCUUGAAGAUGGGGAAGUGCUGGAACCACCCGAACUGUGCUUUAGUAUUUGCCAUCUUUCUGGCCAGGACUGGAGCUUCCCCUGUCAUUGUGAAUGGAGUCCUGGGACACUCGGUUUCCUUGUCUCCUUCGACCCCAGUCUGUCAGGGCAUUGACGCGGUUGUGUGGAAAAGGUUAUCACUCAGCGCAGCGAUAGCACGAUACAUAGAAGGAUCGACUAAAUACUUUAAUACAACUUACAACAACCGAAUAACUCUUCAUUCCGGAAACUUCAGCUUGGAAAUCCAUGAUCUAAGGAAAGAGGACACUGAUGAUUAUGAAGUGACUCUUACUGCAGGAGAUUCAGGAAAGGAAUGCAAAAAGCGUAUCCAACUUAAGGUGUACGAGCCUGUGUCAGGAGCACACAUCACAGUUCAGAGUACCACUGGGAUCUGCAACUUCACCCUGACCUGCAGCGUGACCUCAGGUGACCCCAUCAGCUUCACGUGGUGGAGGAAUGAAACUUUGGUAAAUGACAGCACCCAGCACUUCCAGGUACUCGGAAAUACACUGAAGGUUCAUCACGCUGCAGAGGUCGAGGACAUUGUGUACUGUGAGGUCAGGAACCCCAUCAGUAAUGAAACAGCAGAGAUCAAGCUGAGGGACAUCUGCAAACUGGACACAUCUGAUUACAUAUCGUCAAACAACAAUGCAAUUCUAGUCAUUUCAUUAUGCUUCAUCGCUGUCAUAUGCGCUUUGGGUUUCUUUGGUGUGAAAAAGUUUUUCAACCGCAGGAGGAGUACAACAGAAGGGAGCAGGCCUGAAGACCCAGGUCACCUCACUAUUUACGCAGAAGUUCAGGGAACAAACAGAUCAGCAACCAACAGGCAGCCUCCAGAGGGAAAUGAAACGGUUCACAGACAAGAGGAGAGAAAGGAGGAUUCUCUCACCUUGUAUGACACUGUCAAGGCUCCAGGUCCCCUCAAAUGACCCACCCGUUGUGAACCAGGAGACAUCCAUUCUCCACGGAUGUGAUCCAUGUCCUACAGCUACUGUCGCGAGUGCAUUGGUGUUAUACGAGGAUGGGGAUGGUGGUGGGGGCAGGUAUGGCACUGGGUGUCUCUUGUGGCCCAGGCAGUGCUCCCAUGAGGGUAGAUGUGGCUGGAGUAGGUACUACAUGUAUAUCAGGUAACUUGCCCACCCCAUCCUUCAUCCCUCCUGUUCAUACAGCUCACUGAGUACCAUCUGUACCAAACCCAUAUACCAACGCCUGCUCUGCAGCCUCUAUGCCUUGACUAUUCAACUGCUUACCAGAUAUUUUUAAAUAUUGUGAGAGAACUGUGUUUCAGGUUGCAAACUUGCUUUCCCGAGAUCCCCUCGAAUGUCUCUGCUCCUCAGAUUAAACCUAUGCCCUCUGAUACUGGAUGCCUCCAUUAUCUGCCCAUCACUAACUCAAGUUCAAGUUUAUUCUCAUCUGAUUGUUUUUAUUUACAACCAAAUGAAACAACGUUCCUUCUGGAGUGUGGCACACCCACAAGACGCAUAUCACACAGAACACAUAAAACAUCACGUUAUUCCCACAAAUAAUAAAAUAUAAUUCAGAGCACAUGUAGUCUGAAGCACAGGUAAACUGUUCACUCUCUCAGUGACGAGACCUCGGUGCUGACAGGGUAGUCAUUAGUCUCACAGCCUGGGGGAGGAAGAAGCUGUUCCCUGUCUGUCAGUCCUAGUCCUGAUGCUUCUGUACCUCCUUCCUGAUGGUGGUGGUGAUUUUGAUAUGGGUGGAAGGGAUCCUCAUCAAUACUUUGGGCUCUUCGUAUACAACCCUCCCAGUAAAUGGGACAAACGGGGAGGGAGACCCUGCUGAACCUCUGGGUGGCUUUUACUGUCCUCUGUAGGGACUGAGGUCCGAUGCCUUGCAGCUUCCAUGUAACCAGACAGGACACUUUCAAUGGUGAUCCUGCAGAGAGUUGUUGGAAAAGGGGCAGUCUCCUCAGCAAGUGUAGACGCUGCUGUGAUUUCUCGACGAAUAAGGAGGACUUAUAGGUUCAGAUUAGAUUGUCCAUUCUGAGCACAGCAAGGAACUUUGUGCUCUUCACUCUCUCCACAACAGAGUGACUGUUGUGCAAUGGAGAGUGGUCGACAGGAACCUUCCUGAAGUCCACAAUCAUCUCUUUUGUCUUGUCUACAUGGAGACUAGCACAAAAUAUAAAAACAGAUCGUAAAACUUUUUAUAAUUAGGGUAAAGCAGAAAAGGGUAGCUAAAGUGAAUGUAGAUCCCUUGGAGGAUGAGAAAGGGGAAUUGAUGUUGGGGAAUGAAGAAAUGGCAGAGGCUUUGAAUGAUUAUUUAGUGUCAUUCUUCACGGUGGAGGACACGUCUAACAUCCCAAAGUAAGUUGUUAUGGAUGUAAUGGGAAGUAAGGACCUCUAUACAAUAGCUAUUACUAAAGAGGUAGUGCUGAGCAAACCUGUGGGCCUGAAGAUAAACAAGUCCACUGGUCCUGAUGCAAUGCAUCCCAGGGUACUGUAAGAAAUGGCAGAAGUUAUAGAAGAUGAUCAUAGAAAAAGUUAUAGAAGCUUUGGUGAUAAUUUACCAAAAUUCUCUAGACUCUGGGUAGGUCCAGGCAGAUUGGAAGAUGGCAAAUGCCACCCCACUGUUCAAAAAAGGAGGUCGGCAAAAGGCGGGUAACUAUAGGCCAGUUAGUUUAACAUCUGUAGUUGAGAAGAUGCUUGAAGCUAUCAUUAAAGAAGAAAUAACUAGGUAUCUGGAAGGAAAUUGAUUCAUCAGGAAGACGCAGCAUGGAUUCAGCAAAGGCAGAUCCUAUUUGACAAACUUACUGGAGUUCUUUCAAGUCAAGUCACUUUUGAUUGUCAUUUCAACCUUAAACUGCUGGUACAGUACACAGGAAAAACGAAACAACGUUCCUCCAGGACCAUGGUGCUACACUAGACUACAGACCUACACAGGGCUACAUAAAGUGCACAAAACAGUGCAGGGCAGUACAAUAAAUAGUAAACAAGACAAUAGGCACAGUAGAGGACAAAUUUCAAUAUAAUAAUAAAUGAUGUAGAUGUCAGUCUAGACUCUGGGUAUUAAGGAGUCUGAUGGCUUGGGGGAAGAAACUGUUACACUGUCUAGUCGUGAAAGCCUGAGUGCUUCGGUAUCUUUUGCCAUAUGGCAGGUGGGAAAAGUGUUUGUAUGAGGGGUGCGUGGGGUCCUUCACAAUGCUGUUGGCUUUACGAGUGCAGCACGUGGUGUAAAUGUCUGUAAUGGCGGGAAGAAAGACCCCGAUGACCUUCUCAGCUGACCUCACUAUCUGCUGCAGGAUCUUGCGAUCUGAGACAGUCCAUUCCAGAACCAGGCAGUGAUGCAGCAGCUCAGGAUGCGCUCGAUACAUCCUCUAUAGAAUGUGGUGAGGAUGAGGGGUGGGAAAUGGACUUUUCUCAGCCUUCGCAGAGAGUAGAGACGCUGCUGGGCUUUCUUGGCUAUGGAGCUGGUGUUGAGGGACCAGAUGAGAUUCUCUGCCAGGCGAACACCAAGAAAUUUGGUACUGUUAACGAUCUCAACAGAGGAGCCGUCAAUGUUCAGCGGAGAAUGGUCGCUCCGUGUCCUCCUGAAUUCAACAACCAUCUCUUUUGCUUUGUUCACAUUCAGAAAGGUUGUUGGCUCUGCACCAGUCUGUUAGCCGCUGCACCUCCUCUCUGUAUGCUGACUCGUCAUUCUUUGAGGAUAUAAUGAGUGCAGUGGAUAGAGGGGAACAGAUGGACAUUAUUUACUUGUAUUUCCAGAAGGUGUUCGAUAAGGUGCCACAUAAAAGGCUUAUCCAUAAGAUAAGGAUGCAUAGAGUUGGGGGUGAUGUAUUAGCAUGGAUAGAGGAUUGCUUAGCCAAUAGAAAGCAGAGAGUUGGGAUACAUGGGUGUUACUCUGGUUGGCAACCAGUGGUGAGCGGUGUGCCGCAGGGGUCGGUGCUGGGCCACAGCUGUUCACAAUAUGCAUUAACGAUCUGGAAGAGGAGACCGAGUGUAGUGUAUCUAAUUUAGGUUUGCUGAUGAUACUAAAUUCAGUGAAAAAGCAAAUUGUGCAGAAGAUAUGGAAAGUCUGCAGAGAGACAUAGAUAGGUUGAGGGCGUGGCGGAUGGAGUACAAUGUUGAUAAAUGAGAGAUCAUUCACUUUGAAGGAAAAAUGGAAAAGCAGAUUAUUAUUUAAAUGGUAAAAUGCAGCAUGCUGCUGUACAGAGGGACUUGGGAGUGCUUGUGUAUGAAUCACAAAACGUUGGUUUUCAAGUGCAGCAGGCUAUCAAGGAGGCAAAUGGAAGGUUAGCCUUUAUUGCUAGAGGGAUUGAAUUAAACAGGUUGCAACUGCAUUAGGGUACUGGUGAGGCCGCACCUGGAGUACUGCAUGGAGUUCUGGUCUGCUUACUUGAGGAAGGAUAUACUGGCUUUGGAGGUGGUGCAGAGGAGGUUCAUGAGGUUGAUUCCAGAGAUGAGGGGUUAGACUAUGAGGAGAGAUUGAAUCUCCUUGAACUGUUUAAGGAUUGACAAAUGAUAGGUUUUCAGUAUCAGGUUAUGAAAGUGCUUCUAUUUUUUUAUAAUUUAAAAGCAACACCUGACAAGUUACAACUGGCAGGUGGGAAAGUCAAUGGGGUUGUAAAUCAAAACAUCAACGGAAAGGUUUUUACUCUUCUCUAAGCCGGUAUCUUUUCAGUUAUGACUGAUAUUUUUUCCUGCUUUACUUUUUGCCUCAGUUCUUCUCUGCCAUUGCCUUUGCAGAAGUACAUAGAGGUGCUACCUCCUAUGUCUAACUUUGUCAACAAGACACUGAGGCCCAUUGACACACUUUCUCUUCGUUUUACAUUUCAGUUUGUUUUCAGUUGUUUAACUUAUUUCGAUUGCAGGACAUUCACUUCUCUCUUUUCAGUUGUAAUAAAGCACUGGUGAGGCCUCAUUUACAGUAUUGUGAGCAGUUUUGAAUUGAAAUGACUUUAUUUCUUACAUCCUUCACAUACAUGAGGAGCAAAAUUCUUUAUGUUACGUCUUCAUCUAAAUGUGCCAUGUCCAAUCAUAGUAAUUUAUAAUAACUUAUAAUGAAUAGAACAGUCAAUGUAAUAUAGAGUAUACUGUGUGUGAGUUCAUCAGUCUGAUGGCCUGGUGGAAAAAGCUGUCCCGGAGCCUCUUGGUCCUGGCUUUUAUGCUGUGGUACUGCUUCCCGGUUGGUAGCAGUUGGAAUUGAUUGUGGUUGAGAUGACUUGGGUCCCCAGUGAUCCUUUUUACACACCUAUCCUUGUAAAAAGGAAGUUCACAACUACAGAUGCGCUGGGUUGUCCACACCACUCUCUGUGGCCCCUUAUCGUAGAAAGGAUGAGUUGAAAUUGGAGAGGCUUCAAAGGAUGUUCACAAACAUGAUUCCAGGAUUAAAUGGCGUGGCAUAUGAAGAGCACUGGGCCUAUAUUCACUGUAAUUCAGAAGAAUGAGGGGUGACCUCAUUGAAACCUAGUGAAUAGUGGAAGUCCUUGAUAAAGUGGAAGAGGAGGGGAUGUUUCCUAUAGUGGGAGUGUUCAAGACCAGAGGACACAUCCUUAAAAUAGCAGGGUGUCCUUUUAGAAUGGAGAUGAGAUUAAAUGUCUUUAGCCAGAGGGUGGUGAAUCUGUGAAAUUCUUUGUCACAGGUAGCUGUGGAGGCUAAGUUUUUAUAUCUAUUUAAGGCAGAACUUGAUAGAUUCUUGAUUAGUCAUGCAUGAAGGGAUAUGUGGGGCAGGCAGUAGAGUGGUGCUGAAAGGAAAGAUGGAUCAGCCGUGGUGAAAUGGCAGAGCAGAGUCCUAUAUCUGCUCCUAUAUCCUAUGGUCUUAUAAUUAGAUGUAAAAGCAUUGUGAUUAAGUUACUGGACUGAUUUGGAUGUCGUCAUAGCUAAUAACUAAUAAAAUUUACAAUUAAAAUAUCAUAUUUCAAUUAUUCUGACUAUGAAGCUGCCAGAUUGCCUCUAAGCUCAUAAAACCAUCGGAGAAUAGGAGCUGAAUUAGGCUGUUCAGACUGUUCAGUUUCCCAAGAAUGUUCUCUCUAGUUUCGUAACUUCACACACUUCAUGCCCCCGACACCUGGAAAUUCCACCAUACUGUUAGUG